UUUCAAGCGGGAUGAAGUACGCCACCCCGUUUCGAAACUGGCUCAUGACCAGACCUUGCUCCUAGGAGCAUUGCAAGCAUAUUCGGAUAUUUUCAACCUUGUCAUUAAGGGGAAACUGACUGCUCGGCGUGAUGGUCGAGACAGAGCGUGCGGUCUGGGUUUAGGGCGGCAUCACUCUCGUCCCGAUCUGGGGAGGACUGCGAGUAGCGCCGACCUUGGCAAAGCUGCCACUGCACCGUUCUCUAACUCAAUUAUAUGGCCUAAAGCUACGGCCUCCUCAACACAAGGAAGCAACUAGCAUCCUGCAACAGCGGACCUAGACACUUCACAACCACUUGUGAACAGAGCGUGGAGACGAGCCAGGAUCCGACUCUGCUGGAACUUGCAGAAUGCAUAUUCAAAGGCUCUUCAUAUAUCCUAUCAAGUCUCUCCUCCCAGUCGAGGUUACCGAAGCAGAAAUCACGUCGACGGGGCUGAAUUAUGAUCGGUCGUUCAUCCUCAUCAAGGAGACGGAUGAUGUGGCCGCCGAUGAGCACACUUCAUCGGUACAGGAACAUCUGACCAUCAAAUCUCUGUCAAAGUUGUGCCUGUUUCAGCCGUCAAUCCUGUCAACUGGUGAAACAUCUUCGCAUGGGAGGCUGAAUGUCAAACAUACGCUCAGUGGUGAAGAGAUCGAGUUUCCCCUCGUACCUACGCCGAGUUUUCUAGGCAAUGCUGAGGCAUAUACCGUUGAACUGUUCGGCACGCGAGCCGUGGGAGAAGAUAUGGGCGAUGAGAUCGCGGCAUGGUUUACAAAGCAUCUGGGACAGAAAGCACGGCUGCUAUAUAUGGUUGACGGAAGCACAGGGACGCGGGAUUGCCCUGCGCCAUCAUUAAUUCCACGCAAGCCAAAACCACGGACCGGAUUGUUGUCCUGGAUCAAGGCUCAGGAGGAAGAACUUCAUGCCCAAAAGAUACAGUUUGCUGAUGCAGCACCUCUGCUAAUCACGACAGUGAGCUCCGAAAGGGACGCGAAGGGUCGGGUGCCCAAGAAUGUAGUAGAAGACGAGGGUGAAGAAGACGAUGUGAUCGUGCGGUUCCGCUCGAAUGUGCACAUCGACAACGUCUCUGCGCGUGGAGAGCAUGAUUCCGUGAGCGAUGAUGAGGGGGGCGAGAGUCAUUCAGCCCCCUAUGCCGAAGAGAACUGGAAGGCCCUCAACAUCGUCCCUGCAAGCUCCGGUGAUGACACUGCCGCCACAAACGCCCCAGUCCACCUCGACCUGGUCUUCAACACGGUCCGCUGCAUGUCUUUGAACGUGGACUUCCGCACCGGUGGCACCGUGCCGCCCGAGCGUCAGCUCUAUAGACUCCUGACCAAGGAUAGGAGGGUGAAUCCGGCUUUUCCCUACAAGCCGUGUUUCGGACGGUAUGCCUUUGCGGAGCCAUUCGGGACGGUGAUCAGGGUAGGGGAUCGGGUGGAGGUGGAGGAAUGGUGCUGAAGAAUGCUCUGGUGCACUAUUUUCCUUUGGUUCGGAUAUCAAGGCCCUCAAUGUGUCAGUGAACCAAUGCACACAGUUUCUUUGAGGAGCUAUAUGAAGCCAUUGUUUGUGGGGGUUCCCUUGAAUGCUGGACACUGCUGAUUUGAAGCUGGUGACUGGGAGAGUGUCUUGGUAAUAGCAAUCAAAGUCCUAAUCGC